AUGGUGAAAACCGGGGACGGAUUCGUGUGGGAGUUUUCUCUACUUUUUCGGUUGAUCUCGAGAUGGUGCUCUCGCACGGUAGGACUCGGAGUCACCUACUCCGCGGUUCUGCGAGUCAACGAACGACUAGUCAACGAGAGACUCAGUCAACGUCUGCAGACGUCAACGAGGACCCCCGAAAGCCCAGCCGGAGGCGCUUUUUUUUUUUUUGACAUUUUGAGGACCCAAAAUCCUGAAAAUCGUCGAGGCGCAUUGCAAAAAAUUGACAUUUUGGGACGAAACACAGGUUUUGCCCCCGAGGCGCCUUUGCAGAUUUUGACAUUUUUCCCGGGGGUCGAGGCAAUUUUGGCCGACCCUGAGCAGCCUUCGGCAUGACCAUGGGCCCGCAUUCGCCUUCGAGACGCGCUUCGUGCUCGCGCUUGUACGGGUCACUAGUCAUUUUUUGUAAUCACUUUAGUGCAGAGGCUGUUAGGGAUUAGGUACCAAUAGUUCCCACUGCUGAGAUUGAAGGGGCGCAGGUUCCGUUCCGCUUCACUUCGUUCUGACAUUGAAGCAUAGCACGACAACAAGAUUUCAUGCUUGUUUCUCGACGAAGACCAGGACUACUAUUUGAACGGACGAUGA